UACAUAGCAGCUGCAUAAAUAAUUCAAAUUUGUGAAACAUAAAUAAAAAUAAAACAAUUUGAAAAACUUGUGUGUUGCCAGUCACGAGUUAGAAUGAUAAUAGUAAAAACCAUAAUGGCGGUGUAACUAUGUUCUCAUUAAGAAGUGAAAAAUAAAAAUUAACAUAAACGUCUUUUUUCUAAACGGAAGGUAACUUAUAAUAUGGUGAACAUGCUAUGAUCAUUGUGGACGAGAGGGAUAUAUAUAUAUAAUGACGAUAAAUUUCAAGGGCUAUUCAAAAUUUGCAAUGAAUUAAAGGAAAUGCCCUCUUCUGUAAUGGUAGCCACAUAACAUUCUCAAUCAAAGAUGGCGGAUUUAAAUCAGAAGAUUUCUUGUACUUAUUGCGAAGAUGAAAUAUCGGGUGUUCGAGUUCACUGUGCCAUAUGUCAAGAUAUCGAACUCUGCUUGCAGUGUUUUGCCGCUGGAGCGGAGAUCGGUCCGCAUAAAAAUGAUCACGACUAUCAGCUUAUGGAACCAACAUUAAAUGUUUUCCGAGGCAAAGGCGCUUGGUCAAACAUGGAAAUUAUGUGGCUUUUGGAUGCUGUUGAACAUUAUGGGUUUGGUAACUGGGAAGAUAUUGCUAAACAUGUAGAAACGAGAACACCAGAAGCUGCCAAAGAUGAAUACAUAAAUAAAUUUGUUACUGGAGUUAUCGGAAGACUGACUUGGGGUAAAGCCGUCUCAACUAGUGAAAUUAUUACGAAACAUACUCCAGAUUCUGGAGAUGGUGAUGAAAUAACGCCAAAACUGGAACCGUUAGAUAUUACUACAGAAGAAGCAAUUCAACUCGAGUACCUGCCUAAAAGAGACGAUUUUCAAAGUGUUUAUGAUGCAGAGGCAGAUGAGCUGAUAUCAAUAGCUUCAAGUAUUAUUACUGAACAUAGUAAUUUUGAUCGAGCUUUAAAGUUAUCCAUAGCUGAUAUGAAUGCAAGGCGAAGGAGGGAACGUGAGCGGAGAGAAAGAAUGGUACGAGAUUAUCAAUUAGUCGCAAAAUAUUUUAGGCCGGAACAAAAACGUCAGAAGAUUAGUAAAGAGCAUAAAGAGUUAUCUGAACAAUUUAGAUCUUUCUGUCAAUUCUAUACGGCUAAUGAAUAUGAGCAAUUCAUUGAUGGACUUGCAAAAGAACAACAGUUACGGUUCAGAUUAUUUGAACUAGUUCGAUAUAGAAGAAAUGGUCUUACAACAAUGGAUGAAUGUAAACACUAUGAACAGCAUGUCGCCGAAUUAUUGGAAAAAACUGGACACAUAGAUGCUGCCGGUAGCAGUGGCAACAGUUCGGGAGAAAAGCCUACAUUGCUGCCAAGAAAAAGCGAAAACCUAAAGGAGCGAAGUUUCACAGACCAAAAAUUCAUGUUAAGCGGCUACACUUCCAACAGUCCGGAUAAUGAUUCCUGAUGAAUUUGUUCAGUCCCUGUAAGAAGAUCUCUUAGAAUACUGCAAGAAUAUUGAAGAAAUAUUGAAUUUAAAUUAGAUUGUGAUUUGUAGUUGUCCAUGCACUUGUUGUUCAUAGGCAAUAUCAGGGUACCUUAUUAGUUAGGUGAUUAACUUGAAAUUGUUAUAAAUCUCAUUCCUAUGUAAAUUUGCCUGCAAAUUGAUUUAAUUGUAUUGCGCAGCACUUGUGUUAUUUUUACUGAACCAGUAGAGUAUGAGG